CUCAUGUCAGGUACUAAAGUAAUGAGCUAACCGAAUACUUAUACUCAUAAAACCUAAUUUACCUUCAAAACUGACACUUUAUAAGCAAACGUGGCGGCGUAAGCCGUGGUAGCUUGCACGGACCCGGCUGAGAUUAAUAGUGAAAAUGUUGGCACGCCUAACACCAGGGACAGUUAUAGCAAGCCCUGCACAUGCAGCAAAGCCAGUUCCCGUCGUGUCACCGGUGCAUCCGGCGACACUGAGGACCGUUGGUGCCUUGCCGCUCAUCAGUUCUGUGCAGUCCAGCAGCGGAGUUGUUCCUAAAGCAAAGCGAUGCUCGGUGCUUGUACACGGCCAGGCAAAUAGCUCGUUGCAGCUUCCCAUCGACCUGGACCUUGAAGAACCGCUCCCUGGCUUCGAUUCCAUCGCUUCAGCGCUGGCGGACCUUGCGGCCGGCAAGCUUGUCGUAGUAGUAGACGACGAGGAUCGCGAGAAUGAGGGAGACCUCAUUAUGAACGCUGACAAGGUGACUACGGAGUCCAUGGCAUUCCUUGUGGAGUACACCAGCGGCGUCGUAUGCAUUUCCAUGGAGGGCAGCGACCUGGACCGCCUACGUCUACCUCUCAUGGUCAACAGCGCGGAGAACGAGGAGUCUAUGUACACAGCAUUCACGGUCACCGUGGACAUCCGCGACGGCAUCACCACCGGCAUCUCCGCUUCUGACCGCACCAAAACAGUCCGUCGCCUUGCCGACCCAACCGCAACAGCUGGCGAUUUCCGCCGGCCAGGCCACAUCUUCCCGCUCCGCUGCAGACCCGGUGGCGUGCUCGUACGACCAGGCCACACAGAAGCAGGCGUUGACCUAGCCCGUCUGUCAGGCUCCUUCCCAGCCGGCGUGCUUUGCGAGUUGGUCAACAAGGAAGACGGCAGCAUGGCUCGCACGCCACAGCUCCUGGAGUUUUCCAAGCGUCACGGCCUUCGCUGCAUCACCAUCGCCGACCUCAUCCGCUACCGCUUGCGGCAUGACACCCUUAUCACACCCGCCGGCCAGCCCACGCCCACCGUAACACGCUCCGGAACCGCCGUGACGACCCACUGCUUCCGCUCCCUCGUAGACGGCACGGAGCAUGUGGCCUUCGUGCAUGGUGCCGUCGCGGACGCCUCCUCGGACGUGCUCCUUCACGUGCACCAUGAGCGGACUCUCGCUGACCUGCUGGACUGCUCCGAGCCGGGGAGCAGUGGCAACGGCAGCGGCAGCUCCUCCUCCUCAUCUUCCUCCCUAGAUGCCUCCCUGCGGUCUGUGGCACAGGCGGGUGCGGGAGUGGUGCUGUACAUGCGCGGCCAGACGGCACGCGGCAUUCCGCCUUCUGCAGAGUUGCUGACACUGGCACAGCAGCAGGGCGGCCGCAGCAACAGCAGCCGGGGGCAGGACCUGUACGCCACGGACUUGCGGGAUGCGGCGCUGGUGGCUCAGAUGCUGCGAGCGCUGGGUGUGUCCAGGGUUGUGCUCGCGGGAGGGGACGCGGCGCUUGCUACGGCACUUCGGAGCUGCGGACUAAGCAUUAGGACAGCGGCUGCGGCGGCGGGUGCGGGGGCGUCAUCAGCGCAUUACAGCAGCAGCAGCAACGGCACUGCGGGACAUGCACGGGGCAACCAGCAGCCGCUGCAGGCGGCUGGGGCGCGAUAGCUGAGGGGCAGGGAGGGGGGCAGGAUGGUGAUGGCGCGUGGGUGCGGGUGCGGGGGUAGUGCAGGAGGUUUGCUUAACAGCGUAGGGAUAGGUGCAAGGUACCGGUAGCGUGGGCUGUAGUGUGGGAUUGGUAGUAGCAUGGCUAACGUGGCAGUAGAAGCGGCGCCCGUUAUGCCUGACGGGUAGUGGCGUACCAGCGCAGAUGAUGCAUGGGAUUAGGGCCCUUGGUGCGGCCGAUGUUUUCCUAAUCUGCAUUUCAGGUGCAAGGUGGGCUUCUUUGGGUGGGGUGAGGGGCUUGUUGGGAGCUUAGGAACGGCCAUGUCUGUUACAGCCGCAACGCGACAAGCUGCAGCAGCAUCCCUAACUAACUGUUGGUGUAUCAUGGUGACCGGUGACAGCAGUACAGCAGUACAUGUCCGCUGCGUUGUGAGGAUCAGACAGACAUAUUUUGUCCUGACGUUGCCUUGCGCACGUUCAGAGCAUGCCGUUCAUAGAGCUGUGCGGUGGCUUUGCCUGCGUAGGUUUAAAGGCGAUACCUGGAUGCCGUUGUGCUGGUUCACAUACACAGGGGUACGCGGGAUAGGGUGGUGCGUCGUCGUGGCAUUGCGUCGCUAUGCCAUGUGACCGAGCUGGUACCGGUAGCUGCAACGCUAAGAGUCCUCGGGCCUAAGGCAGACCUGUUACCAGAAAACCUUCCCAGCAAGCAGGAUGCCUCGGCGGGUCGCACGUACGCCUAAGGUUACGCAGCAUGCACAUAUUUUUGAGAGAGUGAUGAGUGACACGUGUGAUCAGAUGUGGAUGUGCGUACGGCUAACAUGUUUAACACACAAUGCUGGAUGCUUGCUAGGUCUCGGGAGGACUGGUAGCUGCUUUAUCAUUUGCUUCCCUCAUGAGAAGCGUGUUGGGUGGCCAAGCAGGGCUGCGAGCGCGUCUGUUUAACAUGACUGCACGGUUGGUCGCAGCGCCGCAUACGAUUCGGAACAUGCAGGCGUUUGCUCUGAAAUACCAAUAGUGAUG